AUGUUGCGCUACAGCUCGGGCCUCACCCUGACCACCACCACGCCGAAAAAGCCCGACCACGAGGGAGGCCCUGCCAAGAGAAAGGCAAAUGUUUGUCGGCUGCGCUUAACUGUGCCCCCUGAGGAUGACUUGCUUUCUCAGGAAGGAAAAAAUAAGAUUGAACGAACAAAAAAGCAACUGUAUCAAGUUCCUAAUGGAUUGUCCGCAGGGAACCUAUCGCAAGGUGUGGUGUAUGGUGUGGUGCACAGAUCUGAUGAUAAUCAUAAAAAAGAAAUGGUGGUUUAUGGAUGGUCAACUCACCAGCUGAAAGAAGAAAUGAAAUAUAUAAGAGACGUGAGAUUAACUUUGGAAAAAGUAAGAAAGAAAAUGUAUGGAGAAUAUGAUGAAAUGAAACGCAAAAUUCAAGAGCUUACAAAUGAACUGGCGGUAUCAAGUUCUCAGCAGGAAUCAUUGGAAAAUCACAUAGAAGUGCACUCUGCAGCUCUGGAUAGUUUCAGUGAAAUGAAUAGCUCGUUAACCUCAGCCUCAAUUGAGUUGCAGAAAACCUUAGUUGAUGUUACUUUGGAGAAUACAGUAAUACGAGAUCAGAUAAAGAGUCUAAAACUAACACAUGAACAGUCUAUGGAAAAACUGAAGGAAAAGCAAAAACAGCUGGAAACUGCUAGAGUUGAAAAUGAAUUGCUCAAACUCAAGGUGGAAUGUUCACAAGAAGCAAAUGCGGAAGUAAUGCGAGAGAUGACAAGGAAACUAUACAGUCAAUAUGAGGAAAAACUACAAGAAGAAGAACAGAAGCAUAAACUCGAGAAAGAAACUCUAAUAGCUGAAACAAAUAGACUCCUUACGGCCAUUGAAGAUGCAAAUAAGAAGAUGAGACUUACAGAGACAAGUUUACAAGAAAAAGACCAAAGAAUUGGUGAGCUAGAUCGAUUCAUUCAGCGCAUGGAAGAGGAACGCCAUCAACUACAAAAACAACUAAUGGAGUAUGAAAUGCAACUACUCAGAGCAAAUCUUCACAGCCAGCCAGGCAGACAGAGGUCAUACCAGUUGGAGGAGGCUACUGCUAGUCUGCGGGAACGAAUCAAGCAUCUGGAUGACAUGGUUCUUUGCCAACAGAAGAAAGUCAAGCACAUGGUUGAGGAGAUUGAGCUGCAGAAAAGAAAGAUGAAACAAAAGGAAAUAUUUAUAUUACAGCUUUUAGAGAAAAUAUCGUUCCUGGAAGGAGAGAACAAAGAAUUUCAAGACCGUUUGGAUUAUUUGAUGGAGACGCAGUCAAAGGCCGAUGUAGAAACCAGAGAUGUCGGAGUAGGAUGCGACCUUCCACUGAGCACCGAAUACACCACCACACGUUCUGAACCAUCAAAGCCUUCCAGGACCUACACUCCAUUCAUGAGAGUCAUGGAGUACUCAUGGAAACACAACCCAAGCUUUUCGGGCCCAGGCGUUCCUUCCAAGUGAGCCAGUGCCUUGCAUCUCUGCAAGGUUAGGGACUGAUGAACACAACAGGAAUGUGAGACGGUGAAGCCUCCAAGAACUCUUUCAGAUCCUUUGCCUAUGUCAUUGCUUAGUCUGGGCCCGUAUUUAUUAGCAAGAGACCAAAUGGUGAACAAAAUUCCUUCAGUGGAAGGCAGCUGUGGAGUGCCCUCCGUGGAGUUUUGAGCACACUCAAUGAGAGCCAGUCGUACAACGAUCUCAACUAUGAAGGGAAACUAAUUUAUUAUUUGAACUUGAAUCUAAUUCAGCAUCAUAUAACUGGAAUAGUACUUGUUGAGAACAUUGAUGUCGAAGUUACUCUUUUCUUUCUUUGGAAAGAAUUACAACCAAAGAUACACUUGCAGUGUGAUGGAGAGGUCUCUUCUUUUCAUAACUCUGUAAGAUGCUGUCUCUUAUUGCCUGGAAUCGCAGCGCUCUUUCAGAUGCCAAAGGGAUUAUUCACCAAGCAGAUGUUGCCUGGGCCCCCUGCCCUUGGGAGCCCUGUUUGAAAACGAUAGAACUUACUCAGCCAAUGCAUGGCUUUGGCUGAGGUGCUCCAAGAAGUAACUUUUUUUCUGGGUUGCUGCCACAAUGCACUUCACUUCAUAACCUUAAGCACAACAGCGCUGUUAACGACCAAGUUUAUUUCUAUAGCCAGUAACCUCUGGGGUGCACAUUCAGUAUUCUUUUGCUCAAAUCUUAUUCUUUUCAAUCUUUCCAGACAUCCCCCUUUCAUCUGUCUCCUGGAAACAUAGCAUCAGUUCUUCUUUUAAUACAUGGAAGUUCGUACACCUCUGUUUAUAACCUUCCAGUUUUAAAAACAACCCCAUUGUUUUGUAUAUUUAAAAGCCCUGAAUGUUUUUUUCAUUGAAUAUGGCUUAAACUCCCCUGUACUGAAGCUUCAGAUGGAGAUGACUAACUCGCAGUGUAAGUCUAUAUAAAGCAGUUUUCCUUAAACAAUGCUAACACUUAGCACAAUGUAUAAGAGUUGAAAAUAUUGAUUUAAAUAAUCAGCAUGAUGCUUUAAAGAACCCUCUGCACUGUUGAUACUGCCUUUUAUAUUUGACUGCACUCUUUGAAUAGAGAUUUUAUUAUCUUCACUAAUUUGCACUAUUAAACUAGUAAAUAAAGCAAGACACUGUGUGCAGGAUGGCCUCUGGUUCAGUGUGGGUUAGUUGCAGAACUCUGCAGCAAGAAAACUAGUUGCUUAGUUGCACCUUCCUGAAAGUGCUGCUUCUACUCAGCUCCAACGUAGCUUGCUUGGGGUCCUUUUGUGAUCAAAAUUGGGGAAGGGUGAAUUAGGUUAUUUCCUGUCCAUGUUACUUUUGCAUGUCUUCAUCCAUAAAUUUGUUCCAUCUUGUUUCAGUCAGUCAGAAGGUUUUUUUUUUAAUUAAUUGAUUUAUCGACUAAACAUUUGCAUCCUUAGCACAAACAAGUUAAAUAUUACAUGGCCUGAAAAUUGCAAAUUGCUGUGGUUCCUGCUUAUUAGUUAUUUUGGAGUCUCCAUUGCAUUUGCCCUUAACAGAGACCCUGCUGAUAUUCUGCUUUUUAAAGGGCUGCAGGAAUUCAUAUAUGAAUAUUUGAACAAGCGUACUAUCUUUCCACAUGCUAAAAAUAAAAUUAAUU